AUGGCAAUUCUCAAACGCAACUCCCAGACCGUAGCAAACGGCCAAGCAGCUGCCACCAAUGUACAGAAUGGCCAGGCCAACGGCGUGCGCCCAGGCUCUGUUGCCCAGGCGCCUCCAACAUAUACCCCCACUAAUGGCAACCCUACCAACCUCACCGAGGCGGAGAUGAUGAACGCGGCCGCCGAGAAUGGGAAUGCUGCUGCCGGUGCCCAACCUGACAUUGCAUGGGCCUUCUCAAAUCUGAUGAUCAAGGAAAGCGAUAAUGGCUUCCCUACUCCGGAAGAGACUCUGGGGCACCUCAAGCUUCUCGAGGCAUUCUAUGCGCUUAAAGACGAGAUCGCAUAUACCGACGGGGCCUUUGGCCUUUACGAUGGUCGGGCUCCGGGUACAGACGAAUCCGUUGCUGGAGACCAACCGGCUACGAUCAAGAGACUCGAGGCCUUGGCUCAGAUUAGGGAAAAGAGAUGGGCUCUAUACGUGGCACGAGCCGCCGAUCGGUUCGAGUCGUGGUGGACCCAAGUUCUCACUCCUAUGGAUAAAGCAUUCUGCAACAGUCUAGGCCCAUCACUGGGGGUUUCCAGGCUACGCGUGUCCGAUCUUACCGCUGCAUUGUGGGUUAAGUUUGUUGACGAGCCUGCAUUUAAUAAGCAUCCCAGCGACCCUAGAAAAGACUGGAAGCGUAUCAAAUGGAUAUGGACUCGCGAUAUGCUUCCUCCUCUAGAUGUCCUCAUGGUUUGGCAUUCUUUCAUGCUCAACCCGCGCAACUAUCUGGAAGACUGCAUGCGGUUCGGACUCAGAGACACGUGGUACGCCGGAAUGCCAUGGAAAGCCGUCAAUGACUCUAUCAAUGACAGUUUUUACUACGAAGUCACUGAUGCUGCAAAAGCCAAAUGGAUCUCUUCGACAAGUCGGCCGUGGAGCAAUUUAGACGAGUCCUCCGUGAAGUCCUUGAAGUGUCCGCGUUGCUCGACUUUGCAAUCCAUCCCAUGGACGACGGCCUCCAUGGAGGAAUCAGCCCGCCACAAUUGGGACAUGAAGUAUGUGGGCCAUGGCUAUGCAGAGGGAGAUCUUCUAGCAACUUGCCCCGUAUGUAACUUGAACAUCACCCACGAUAUUCUCAGAGUCACCAAAUUUAAACGGGAUGCCGAGGAUCUAUUGCGAUCCGAUUACCCAAUGGGCGGCACUAUUGUUCCGGGGAAAGGCGGGACGCCACUCAAUGUGCGCCUUCAUGAGGCAACCUAUGGCCCACAGUCAUUUCCAAAUCGACUCAUUAAAGAACAUUUGAGAACACAGGUUCUUGACCUCAAUAAAGAGGACUAUGGCAGCAAAUUCUGCAGGACUGGCAACUUAAUCUACGUUCGCACCCUGAUUGAGCAGUCUAUAGGGGAUAAGACUAUCAUUGCAAAGAUCAAUGGGUAUAAAACUAGUGGGAAAAUGUACCCUGACGAACGUCUGGCCGUGAGACACAUGAUGUCAAGAUAUUGGACUAAUCACUCACUCUUCUCUAUGGAGCUCACCUCAGCUGUAAUUCGCCAGGGCUCCUUCGUGGACAAGAUGCACAAGAUCGACUGGCUGCAUAGCCCAACCGCUCUCUCUACGAUGGAGCGUCUCCUGAUCAAAUACGAACGCUUCUUCCGCAUUAUGGCAUCCAACCCCAAACAAACGGCCGUUCCAACCUUGGAUGUCGACCUUGCCUGGCACACGCACCAGCUUAGCCCCAGAGAAUACUACAAUUUUUCCAUCCGAAUGACAAUCGAUCGCUUCAUCGACCACGAUGAUAAGAUUGACGAGGAAAAGCUCAGCGAAGGCUUCGAAUGGACGUCCAAGGAGUAUGAGAGGACCUAUGGCACAGUCUAUUCCGAAUGCACUUGCUGGUACUGUGAAGCUAUUCGCGCCAAGCAUGUGAGCUCAGCCAGCAGCAUCUUCAAGAAGACCUCGAAGCAUGACAAGAUCUCGGAUGAGUUCUACAAUAGCGGCGCAGCGCAGUUCUGCCCGCCCAGCAACAGCGCGCACAUCAGCGCGCACAAUGCCGUGCCCGUGGUGAAUGGCGAUCCGAUGAACAAGAGAGUGGCAGAAAGGCUUGCUGCAGCGCGGAAGAAGCAGCUGGACGAGGCCUAUGCAAAGGCAUGCAAGCGCGCCAUCAAACGAGGCAGACCUGUGCCACCUAAGGAGCAGUUUGUUGCUAACCACUACGGGAUGGCUUAUGCCUCGCCAUACCCUUACGGGAUGAUGUACAUGACGCCCUUCAUGUACCCGUAUGGCCUAUACUAUAUGCCAAUGGGGGUGGGUGUCUACGGCGCAUGUGCGUCUGAUAUUCCCCGCAACGACAGCGCUAAUGCCGACACUGUCCCGAGAAAGCGCUCCACUUCACCCCACCGCCGACCACCGCCAGCCAUCCGAAUCCUCAAAACUCCAGCUGUUAAACACCAUGUAUCCCUUGGCAAGUAG